AUGGGUGAUGGCGCAAAGUGGCGGGGUGAGGGACGGCGGCAUCGUCGUGAGCGAUGGUCUGCAAGGCAUCGGCAAGAGCCGGGAGUGCCAGAGCCAGAUGAGCCAGAGCCGGAAUUGCCACCGGAGCCGCCCGCGGAGCCGCCCGCGGAGCCGCCGGUGCCGGCGGAGAAGGUCGACAUCUCGAGGAUCAGGAGAGACUUGGAGGAGAUGCGGAGAACUGCACAGGAGGGCAGGGAAAAACUCCUGGCUCUGGAGAUGCCGCAAGGCCACAUGUCCGGUUCCCAGACUUGGCUUCCAAAGAUGCAGCAAAAGAAAUGCCCAAGAAAGCACAGGCAGAUCGGCGGCUCGUGCAGUUCGCAUGCUCCUGCAAUCGAGGUCAAGGCGGCCUCUUCUGGUCUGGCCAUGCACCAUUUCCCCCUUUUAAGCAUCUUCCAAAGCCAGGCAGCCACUGAGGAGGAGCUCACAGCAGUCUACGACGAGCUGGCAGAGCACUGGGGCCAAUGCGAGUGGUGGAUAGAGAGGCUGCAAGGCAUGGACUUGACGAUGCUGACGUGCCUCUCCACUCCCAAGCACUUUGUCCCGAUGGAGAUUGUGGAUGACCGUGUUGUGAAUUUGAAGAUCCCUCCAAGCGUGCUUCAGGAGUCCCUGAGCUCCUACGCGGAGUACACCUGGCUGAAGGCCCAACGAAAGAUGGACAAGCACAAGGACAAACAGGCAGGCAUCAAGAAUUGUUACUUCGCCUUCCGAAUCCUGUGCUUCGGCUGCCAGCUGCUGCAGCAUGGCCUCAUCCCCGACCUCUCGGCAGCCCAGAGCCUAAAGCGCCUGGCAAAGCAUCCCCGUCACCGCCGUCACCGCUUGCGUUCCGCCGCAUCUACCGAGUGGUUAUAA